AUGAACUUGAUACCUGAAACAGAUAAAAUAGAUAUGGCUUACUUAAAGUCUGAGCGCAUCGGGAAGGUCAUUACAAAGGGAUUGGCUGAGUUGUAUCAAGUGAAACCUCAAUUCCCAAUUGAAUAUUUGGCAAAAUGGUUGUUGAAUCAUAAUAGGACUGAAGCAAAUAGAGGUUCGAUGCAAGAUCAUGUGAGUCACAAGGAAGCUUUGAUAGAGCAAUAGAAGAAGGAGUAAGAGGUGUAAGAGGAGAAAGAUCGCAGAGAGUAACAGUUACAAGAUGAGGAAAAUCUGAGGGAGUUGGAAUUUCAAAAUAUUAUCAAAACACAUGAAUUCCAUUAUAAACUAUUAGUCAAAGAUUUUUGCAACCAUCUUUAAAAGAAGGGUCUUACAGGAGUAUAUGUUGGAUAUGUCGAUUUCCCUAGUAAAUAAAUAAAUGAGAAUGAUGAUGAUGAGAAUGCCCAUCUUGAUACAGAAUAACCAAAAUUGAUAAAAUACAUAGGAGCCAAUGAUGAUCACAACUUUAUGAUCAGUCAAACACUCCCUUUGAAUGAAGUCGGAAUAACUGGAGAGGUGUUUAGAGAAAUACCACCUCCUGAAGAAGGGUAACAACCUUAAUCGCCUAUAAUUUACAUCCCAGAUGUGACUAAGGAAUAGAGACUAGUCUAUUUCAAAUGGAAAAAGUUGGGAGCAUUCUUAGCAAUCCCACUUGUUUAUUAAUCAUGUUUGUUUCCAGCCUCUUUAGAUGCAGGCAUUGAAGAGAGAUUGAGAUUCAAAAAGGCUGAUGCUGAAAAGAAAUUAGAUAAGGAAAAUAAGAUUAAUGAAUUCAAUGCGAGACUCAAAGAAGCAACAGAAACCGAACAAGAUCCCACUCCUAUUCAAGAAGAGUUGGAUUAGUAUUUGGCCAAUUGGUAAGAUGAAAGUGAAGCACCAUACCAAUCAUAAAAAAGAUAAUUCGUUGUGUGUUUUGAUACUUUGGGUAAGGAUGUUGAAAUCAGUCAGAAAGAUAGACAAUAUUUUGAGGAUUAUGUGAAUCUAUUUGCAUUAAGUUGGAAUCAAAUGGAAUGCAAAUUGUUAUCAGAUGAUAUAGAUCACAUGAUUGCUUAUUAGGAGUAAGGAGUGAAGGAGAGAUCAGAGGCAUUGACAGUUUAAGAAGAGUAGGCAGUGGAGUCUUAAUAAUCUCAGUAUGAUGAUUUGAAGGAUAGAGAAAAAGAAUAUUAAUUUGCUUUGCUUUCAAUUAGGGUCUCUACAGUUGCUCAAUAAAUUCAAUAAUUGCAAUAAGAAUUGUUUUCCUUAAAGCAAGUCAGAGUCCUUAAAUAUCCUGGCCUAUUAUUGUCUCUGAUGCUAUUUCUUAAUUAUAAUAAGGAGAAUCUACUUGAAAAGGGAACUAAUCAAUUGGAUUGGACUGGAGUUAAGCAUUACAUAUGUGAAGACAUGAUUCAAAAAAUACUUGAUUAUGAAUACAGAGGAGCCAAAACUGAGGAAGUCCCCAAAUAUGCUAAAUUGAAUAGAAUUAAAAAGAGAAUUAGUAAAUACACUGUUGAACAGGUUGAAGAAUAUAAUGUUUGUUAUGCUAAAAUAUUGAAGUGGAUGCAAUACAUCAUCAAAUUAAGAGUUGAAGACAUUGAAAUCAGAAGAGAAAAGAUUGCUAAUCUUAGAAAAUUGAUUCAAGAAACCACUGAAUAAGUGGCUAAAAUCAAAGAGGAAAAAGAAUUAAAAUUUGAAGAAUAUAAGAACUCUAUCCAACAAUAAGAGGAUCAAGAACCACCUAAUAGAGAAGAAUGGGAACUUAAAUAUGAUGAGGAACAUCCUUUACCUAAAAUCCCAGAAAAUGUACCAGACGAUGUUGAUAAUGAUUUUGAUGAAGAAUGAUUAAGUAUAAAUUAAAUCUAUGAAUUAAA